UAGAUUAAAAAAUUUGCAUUUAUACUAGGAAUUAAAUAUUUGAGUUGACUUGGAUUCUUCUCACAAAACCAACACAACCAUUGCUUGCACAAUACAUUUACACUUGAAUCUAUUUAUUUAUCUUAUCAUGUCUCGUGUGUGCUUACACUGUUACGUUGAUGCAUCCGAUGAAGACAAUACAAGUUGUGGUUGCGGUUUGAUUGGUUUCAAGAAAAACCAAGUGUUUGACUUUGAUUACAGUUUCAGUAGCGAAAUAGAAGAAGAAGAUGAUUUGUUUGAGAUAAAUCUGAAGAAGGGAGAACCAUUGGAUUCAAUAAAAGAAGAAGAAGAUUAUGAAAGAAGUACUGUGUUCUCUCUUGAUAUCCACAAAGAUAAGUUAUCUGAUUCUGAUGUUGUUUAUGUGGCUGUUGGAGAAAAUGGUUCAAGCAUGGAAGCACUUUCGUGGACCUUAAAACACUUAGUCAAGCCUAAUUCUACUAUUGUUUCUCUUGUACAUGUUUUCCCUAGAGUCAAACAAAUUCCAACUCCAAUGGGAAAAAUUCCAAGGAGUCGUGUGAAUCAAGAAUAUGUUAACAUCUACAUGACCCAAGAGAAAAGCAAGAGAAAAUUACUCCUUCAAAAGUUCAUUGACAUGUGUACUGAUUCAAAAGUUAAGGUGGAGAUUUUGCUUAUUGAGGGUGACAAAGUUGCUAAAGCCAUUGUAGAGCUUGUUAAGAAUUUAAAUAUAUUGAAAUUGGUGAUUGGAACUACACAAUCUUAUCUAAGAAAACAUGCGUCAAGAAGGCAAAAUUCUACUGCGGAGAUGGUGUUAAAAAGUGUAGAAGAAAAUUGUGAUGUUAAAAUCAUAUGUGAAGGAAGAGAAGUGAUUGAUGAAAUGAUUAAUGGGUGCAGUUCACAGCAUGAUGAAGUAGAUGGUUUUGUUCCAGUCAAGCGUUUUGUUCCCAAUGCGUUUGGGAUAUUUAGGUUCAGACAUAGUUCAUAAGUCUAGGAUAAAAGACCAUCACAUGUGAUACACAUUUGCAUCAGGAUUAGUCAAUGACACAAGGUGGACCAUGUAUAGAUACAUAUUCACCUUUGAUCUAUUCAACUUUGCAACACCAUAGAUAUAUAAUGUAUACAUACAAGUUUAUUUUUAAAUUAAUUUUCUUUCUUUGAUCAUGUCAAAUUAAUAGUUAUAAAAUAGUAUAGUUGUAUAUUAAAUUUUGAAUGUUGGGAUAAAACUAUUAUUCCUUGCGGGAGUAAUUCACCAUGUGAUUGCAGUUUUAUCAUCUCUAUUUGGUAACUGUGGGGUGAUCCGCUGUCGCGCACGGAUCAAAAACGAAUAUUUUAUAAAACGUAGUUUAGCGGUAAUUAACGAUAACUCGGAUAUCGUCUCACAAGCAGUCUUAGUUAUUACUAACCGACUGGAAUUCGAAUUAGGGGGGGUUUGUUUCAUGUUCAAUUAUAUGAAUAAGUUAUCUGAAUAAGCUGAAACGAAUCAACCCAUUGCA